GGAGUUUUCUUUUUUUUUUUUUUUUUUUUUUUUUUUCUUUCGACAGAAUACUGUAUGAUUACUUGUCCGUUCUUCCCGUCAUGACAAGAGGAUAUGCUUCCCAUGUCGCAUGCAUAGUCAUACUUAUGCUUGCAAUGAAUGUGUGCUUUACAACAGCUUCUAUUCGAGGUUUGUUCGGCACCUCAGCCCACAAACGACAGCUGCGUGUUGCUGAUGACAAGCGAUUGAUUGGUGAUGUUAGAGGAUCUCGACACCGUCCGCUUAAUGGACGACCUCACAACAAGCGAGGGGCAAGACACGAGCUUUUAUCAGUGGCUAGGCGUUCCUUCGAGUGCAUCCUUGGCGGACAUUGGUCAUGCUCACCGUCGAUUAGCCGUGGAAUGGCAUCCGUCUGCUUACGGAGGAGAGCAGAACCAGGGAAACUAUGAUCGGUUAGCUCGAGUGAUACGAAUUCUUCGUCAGCCUGUUCGUCGACAACGCUAUGACCAGUUUCUAAGCAAGGGAUUGCCUUUCUGGUUAAAGGCGGUUCAGCUUACUCUUCAUUAUCCAACCAGCUUUGGUGUGGUCAUGCUUGUUGUGGGCGUGGGAGUCAUGGAAUAUUUGAAAGCGUGGACGACUUACUUCUCGGAAAGACAUAAAAUUCGACGACUUCUUCAAGAUGCAAGCUAUGCAAUGACCAAGUUACCUGAACGUUAUCGCGAAGCUCACGUGCACAGGACGUUUGUAGAGAUGGAUGGGCAGCGAUUUAAGGUGGAAUUUUCGGAUACGGAAGGCGCGAUUGUUUAUAAUCAUCAAGGCGAAAGGAUAUCCUUGGAAGAUCAUUGCGCGCCGGUGCCUUCACUUGGACGCAAUAUAUUCUUUAUACGAUGGCUCACCUCUAGCAAGAACCGAGAUGAAGUACGUUAUAGUUCCUCCGCCUCACCAUCAGCGAAUUCCAACAAAAAUACCAGAUUUACUCGUUGAAAUAUCCCAAAGUUUUAAACAUUUAUCAUCUUAUUUUCUUGCAUUGGUACUUCUUGACAAAAGGGGAGAAAAAGGUCAAGAAAAAGACUUUGCUUUUCUUACUCACUUUGUCGAUUUUUGUGAGAUUUUUGUCAAUG